ACCAGGAUCUCGCGCGUUUUCCUGACUGCGUGAAGCUGCGGGGAGCUGUGAGCAACCAUCCGCCUGGCUUCAACUCGAUCCAGCAUCCCGACAUUGGCCCUUCCCCUCAAUGGCAACUCCCCAAAGUGUCGCUAGCAAGCUCCGUGCCCUCGCCGACCGCACCAGCCGACUUGACGGCUUCGUCGACGACUCCAAGCCGCCCACCAAGGAGGAAUGUGCAAGUGCAUGCAAAAACAUAGCACGCAUCUACCUGCCUACUCCGCCUGGCUCUGAGGACCCAUCGCUGCCCCACGAUUACAGCUCGUCCUGGAAGACUCCCUUCCACCGGGACUUCAAGUCGCCUGGCGACAUGGUGGACUGGAUGUUCGGCGCCGGCGAAUACGGCAAGACCCACGAUCGACCAAGCAGCAGCUCGCUCGACAUUGAUCUGGAGGCUGCCGGUGAUUCUGUCCAUCGCUUCGUCGCAAGCUCCUUCGAUCGUGUGCUUGUCAACUUCAAUCGAAUCGCCUACAACACCUGUGUGCUUGGGUGCGCGGAGCCAGAUCCCGAUGCCGCCGGUGCCGGCUCGUCGCAGGUUUCUCGGGAGAGAUCCUUCCCGACUGCGAUAGCCAAAUGCCUUGCCAAGGCAGAUGACAGGCACAAGGCAGACUUUUGCUUCGAGCAGUACGAGCGCCUCUCCGACUUUCGCCGGUUCGCCACCGCCGUCGAGAGGCUUGAGGCCGAGCUCGAUCGCAUCUAGUCGACUCUGUCGCCAAGCACUACCUCAAUGGCGAGUCCAUGCAUCUGUCGACUCGGUGAAUACAAAGUGGUUGAUUUCGCAAUA